AUAUAGCCUCUUUGUAUAUUACUAUAUUACGAGACACACGUGUUAUUUCUUGUCCUGCUGGUAUCUCUCAUUUGGCGACGAGGAUUGGAUUUUAUAAAAAGAAAAUUUACCACAACAUUUCAGAAACAUUGUCAGAUAAGUACAAAUACGUUUUCCACUUUGUACUUGAAUUCUUGUACCGUUUGGAAGAAAACUGUUACGCUCAAGCUGCGUCGCUCGCCAGGAGCCGCCUCCGCCAUUUUUUUAUUUAAUUUGUGCUACGGCUACGACUUUACGUAGGACAUCACCACGCUCAACCAAAUCAGGCUUCAAGUGUUGCAUACACUUGAUACGGCAAUUUGAUACCACAUAAAAUAACUAUAAUUAGAACAAAAUAUUACAUCAUACAAUCAAAAUGGUAGCAUAAAAUGUAAACAACAGUGGCCGCAACUGCUAGCUGGCUGGAACAAAACAACAAGAACGAAGAAUGGAUGUUACACAAAGCUAAGUAUUUUAAGCUAGAGGUUGGAUUUAGUCCUUCAGGAAACACUGUAGUCCUACGUCCCAUAGAUACCACAAAAUACCACAUAUUUUUGUUUGCAAUAUCUGUAAAUGCCAAAGAAACUUUCCCACCACCCACCACGUAAACUCUUUCUUCUUGCCUAUUAUGUCUUUACUGAUUAGAAAAUUAUAUACAACUAUCGAGGGUCUAGGAAUUUUUGGUCUGGCAGUUCACUUAUCUUAUUUAGCUCGCCCUAGACCCCUAAACCACAUGGUAGUUAAAAAGGAAAAGAAGAAACACAAAGCUAGCUAAUUUUUCUAAAUUGUAGCAUUGUUUGUUUUAGCUUUUUAUAUCUAGCCAGAUGGAUAAUCUUCAAACUUCCCCACCCCCAUGUGAUCUUGGAGCAGAAGUAGUAGUACAAUCCACAACGUCACUAACAGUCAGUGUUAAUGCUGAAAAUACAAGCAAUAUGAUUUCAUUAGAAAAUGAACAGAAUACUAUAUUGAAUCAUGAAAGUGCUGAGCAAUCGAAUAUUGAGGAUGAAACAAUGGAUAUGACUUCAAAGCAAAGCGAUGAGUACAUAAAAAAUGCUUUAAAUUGUCUCAAAAAAUGCCAAGAUGGUAUUGCUUUGGAAAUUGACUUUACACAAAAAAUGAGAAAUGGAUAUUUCAAGUCAUUUUGCAGUAUGUUAGCUGCUGAAGACACACUUCUUUCUUUGGCUACAGAUGAUGAUGUGGAUGGCAUAUUCCUUUGCAGUAUUGUCCAUGCAGAUGCAGAACAAACAAUGGCAAGAUAUUUUGAAUUUGGAGCAUUUUCAGGAUUUUACCUAAAUGUCAUGGGCAGUAUGAUUAAAGAAAGAUAUGCAUGGAAUGUUUUGCCAUACAAUAUUUAUACAGAAAAAGACGUUAUUGUGGAAAAACAACGUGCUUGUGGCCUAUACGCAAGUCGACGAAUAGAGAAGCCAAAGAAGGAAUACAAAAACUUCUCUCGAAAAAUUUAUAAACGUACUUCUACUGGUAUUGCUCAAUGUAUGUCGAACUUACUCCAAGAAAAAAGUGAAGGAAAAGUGGAUUGUGAUUUGGUUGUGUGUAUGGUGUUACAAAAAAGACAAAAUUGGGAAGAUAAAUUGGAUUCUUGUGGGCAUAGUAAGCAAAGGUAUUUUAUUUCAACUGAUAGCAUCACAGACUGGGAAUCGCAGUUGAAACUAUAUAGAUCUAAUCCUCAAGAAGCAUUUGCUAUACCAAACUUUAAUUUAUUUACUUCAACUGAUGAUAGAGUUUUAUCGUUGGAAGAACAACUAAUGUUUUUGUCUUCGAUCCCUAAUUUUCAUAAAUGGAUUUGGUAUGGUAAAAAUAACAACGCCAUAAAAUUUGAACAGCGUUUUUCAAUUAGCUCACGUUGGUUUCCUGGCUCACCUAGAAGCCGUAUAAUUCAAGCAAUGUAUAAUGGCCAAGACAACGUUGUCAUUGCAUGUCUUAAAACCAUUCUUGGUGAAAAAGUAUGUUUUGAUUACAAAACAAAAACAAGGUGUCAGAGUACUGGUAUAAAAAGACCUAACUCUGAUAGUGCAUUGUGUGAGGCCCUUGGAUACUCUGCAGAAGAGGUGCAGGCAACUUUAAAUAGUAUUUUGCAGGAAAUGGGUGGAGAAAUUGUUGAAUUGCCUUGCAAGGCUAUGGCAAAGGAGACACAAAGCGAAGGCAGAACUGUAACCGUAAAUUCAUUUGAAGACGAUACUGACACUCAAAUCAGUGAUUGUGAUGAUGAUAGUCAGCUAGAUGUACCUACACAUUUACCUUCUCAAGAUUUAAAUAACAAGAUUUUGUCUGAGUCAAGCAGUGAAAAAGAGAUUGCAUUUGGUACAGGUGUUCAGACGAAACCGUCACUGUACUCGUAUUUUUGUGGGGAAUUAUUUAGGCAAGGAACAAUCGCUUGGCGUGUGCUAACACAAACUGAGUCAACCGUUACCAUGAAUGCAUAUCAUUGCGAAUCUGGCGACUUUUUGCCCACUGUGUUUGUUCACGCAUCUGUCAAAGCACAAGAAUGCACUUUUAGUUGUACGUGCCUAACAUUUUCAACAAAUCUCUUGCCAAACGAAAAUGCUACAACAUCUACCUGCUGUCAUUGCCGAUUAUUGAAGGAAUUGCAUGUCGGCGAAGUUUCAACAUCCUUCGUCAAUAUGUCAAAAGUAAAAGAAGCGAAACAAUUGCAUCAAGUUAAAGUGUUAAAACUUCCCUCAAAGGACGGCACUGACAAGUUCUCUGUAGCGGUUGAUGGUGUUCAAACUGAAUUCGUGACAUUGUUUCAUGUAUCUCGAACCGGAAAGACUAUCGUAAGGUGUCAUUCGUCAAGAUGUCAACGGGAGCAAGGUUCUUGUAGAGAUAUCAAGCGACUCUCGAGCAAUGCUGCACUUUGUCCUCAUUUGUCUGCGUUUCGGUCGUUUUAUACUCAACAAGUACGUCUCUCUUGCGAAGAGCUUGAUGUAAAUAGUGAAGAGGAGGAUAAUUUACAUGAAGAUGUCGAAGAGGACUACACACUCAUGGAGGCCGAUUGGGGAAAGGUAUUUGAUGUUGACACUGGACUGUGGAAUUUUGCACCGUCUUCUCCGAGUCAAGAAACAGUCGACGUAAAUCGUUAUAGCGAAAAAUACAUAUACGACGUAAGAAAACGAUGGAGUACAGGUUUGACAGAACUGGUGUUUGUUCCUGACAUAGGUUCAAACAAAUGUGACUGUGAAGCUGGUUGGACUUCCUCUGAAAAUGAAAAAGGUGUUGUUGUAUUUUCACACUAUAGCAAUCUAUUUACAGACAGAGGUGUGCGAAAAUGUAAAAUUUACCGUCGGACUUGUUUACUCAACAAUUGUUCAAAGCGAUGGGAUGGUGCGAGUGAUUCGAUAUUUCAAUUGUCACAUGCUACCUGUGCUGGGUAUGAGUUAGGUUGGCAGUUUGUUGACAGUGUUGUCAAUUCAAAAAUGACAUUUAGCGGUUUUGUUUCCUGCUGUCAAGAAAAAUGUAAAAUACUUGACUCAUACUUCAUGAAUGUUAACACAUUUAUUAAUUGGUUUUUUGGCUGGGCAUCCAGAAUGCGUAUCGAUUUUCGUCAACUUUGUCCUGGAUGUGAUGGGCCUUCCCCGUUUCUAGCAUGUGAUGGCACUAAGAUUGGUUUGACAUUCAAAAAUUUAUGUGUCGAACCGAUUGAAAAGGCAACAAAGGAAGCACCAACAAAUGUAAAAAAAAGUCGUUUGGACAGGUGCUUUUUACGUAGCGAAGAAAAGUCACCAUCUUCCAAGAAACAGUUUGCAGCAGCCAGGCUUUUUUUGCGAAAUUUGUGCUGUGAUGUAUUGUCUGGAAAGCUUGAUUGUUUACAAAAAUAUGAUCAGCUACAGUCUUUGCUCACUUACAUUCCUAAUAGCUGUGUUCCAUCCUUCGUUACUAUGGUCCAAGCGAAAAUAUCGAUUGGAUUACGUCAAGCGUAUGCGGCAGUAUUUAAACUGUUAUCCUACGAUUCAUGCAUCGAUGCCUUAAUCCCGUUAAAAAUUUGUGACGAAUUUAUGGCAUAUCUAGAAUUAUGUGAACUAAAUUCUAGUACGGACGAAUUAAAAAUCAGUUUUAUACAUAAAAUGCGCCAUUACAACUGCGAAAUCGCUACGUUGCUGUCUGUGACUGAACCGGGAACAGAUGUUAUCCAACUUUUCUUUUAUUGCUGCACCCUAGUAAAAAAAGUACACGAAGACAAUAUUGACGCGGUUGCUGCUGCUCCAUUGGAAAAUACUUAUAAUCCACCUCGGUUUGGACGUGCUUACUAUUUCACAGAGCAUGGUAAGCAGCUGCGAGAAGUACGAAGUUUCCCAGUGGACACUAAAGAUCAGCAAAAUUUUGACGACACGCCAGAUGAAAUCUGUCAAAAACGAUUUCCACAAGUUAGCAAAAAGGGUACUUCGUAUCUCUUUUUGUGGUUUUGCCCAAAACAUGGACAUUGCCUUGGUUUUCAUAUUAUUCCUGGAUCUGAAGGGCGCAAAGAUCCGGCAGCAUCAUUGUAUGCUUAUUGCGAACAUCCCCCGGAAGUUGUUCGGUACGACUUCACUUGCAGUUUGUCUGAGUAUGUGCACAACAGGGAGUCUGGCUACUUCAAAGACACAAGAUUCUUUCAUGACGUGUUUCAUGGCUACACGCAUAGUUGCUCAUCAGCAUUCCGUUACAAUGGAUUACUUGGAUUUGAAGCCGUUAACUCUUCUAUCUGUGAACAGUUUAACUCGUUUAUGCAGAAGAUUAAGACAUCUGCGAAACUGAUGUCACAAACGCAUUUUACUUUUUAUUUACAGUUUUUUAUAUAUAUUUGGAAUAAAAAGAAAGAGGUUUCUUUCCUUAAGAAGAAAAAUAUUGCAUUAGCUGGCGAUAACUGAGGAAAUGCAUGUUUUAAAAAAAUGUUUUCUCUUUAUUG